AUGUCGAAGGGUCUGGGAAAUGUCCCGAAUCGCCUAGGCUUGAAUUAUGGGAAUAAAGCAAGUAAAGUAAAAAAACCUUCGUCAUCACCUUUUCAGAGGAUGCAAGAUAAGAUCAAGGGGUUGGAGCGACGUUUAGAGGAGCAAUGCAAUCAAAAUGAGAAGAAAGAAGAUAAGGUCAAGGAGUUGGAGCGACGUUUAGAGGAGCAAUGCAAUCAAAAUGAGAAGAAGCAAGAGAAGAUCAGGGAGUUGGAACAACGUUUGGAGGAGCAAUACAAUAAAAAUGGGGAAAUUCAAAAUACGACCAAUGAGUUGGAACGAGUUUUAGAAGAGCAAUACAAUCAAAAUGAGAAGAAAGAAGAUAAGAUCAAGGAGUUGGAACGAGUUUUAGAAGAGCAAUACAAUCAAAAUGAGAAGAUGCAAGAUAAGAUCAAGGAGUUGGAACAACGUCCAAAGGAGCAACACAAGCAAAAUAAGAAGAUACAAGAUAAGGUUGAGGAAUUGGAACGACGUUUAAAGGAACAAGACAAUCAAAAUAAGAAGAUACAAGAUAAGGUUGAGGAAUUGGAACGACGUUUAAAGGAACAAAACGAUCGAAAUGAGACGAUGCAGAAGACCCGAGAUCAGAAAUUCGAGUACUACAAUGGUCAAACAGAGAAGCUGGAUGAAUCGGUCCAAAAAUUGACCACUUGGACAUCGCAGUUAAAGGAUCGUAUUGAUGAAGAGAUUCAAAGGCAGGAUCGAGAAACUGAGGCCCUGAAUACAAUGCAGAAUGUCCAGCAUACGAUGCAAAAGGUCCUUGCCACUGUCAUGGAACAGCAGCAUAAGCAUAUAUCGGACACGAUUGCGUUUCAAACUCGGCUACCAGAUAUUAUACGAGGAGAAUUAGCUAUUCAAAAAGCGUUCAAUCCAUAG